AUGAACCUUGCAAGACACAAUUCUGUAUGGAACACCAAAAAGGGUGCCGCUCUAGGAUUUGCUGCUCUGCUGGAAGAAGCCCGGAGCGAGCUUGAUCCAUAUAUCAGUCAACUAGUCCCAAAACUCUUUAGGUAUCGAUAUGAUCCCGAUCUGAGAGUAAGACAGUCCAUGCGUUCGAUAUGGUCAGUUCUUACUUCAUCUAGGCGAGGAAUUGUUGAUGAGUUUGCGGAUGAUAUUGCAAAAGAACUGCAACAACAACUCACUAGUCCAGAAUGGCGUGUGAGGGAGUCUUCAUGUCUUGCACUUUCUGAUUUGGUUCAGAGCAAUGAUACUCCGUACAUUCGAUCCAUUGCUGCUGAGCUAGUUUUGAUGGUAUUCCGUCUUCGCGAUGACAUAAAGGAAUCUGUUCGUAUGGCUGCUAAUCGUGCCGUUGCAAGCCUUGGGAAACUAGCUGUGAGACUUUCAGCCGAAACAACCAAGGGUCAUGACCCACACGCGUUCCUGGACUCCUUUCUUCCAGUACUUAUCCGUAAUGGUAUCCACUCAGAUACAAAGAUCAACAAGCAGUUUAGCAUCUCUCUACUUCUGGAACUGGCAAAGAAAGCUGGAACCCAGUUGCGUCCAUAUCUGCCUGAACUGAUACCAUCGCUUAUCGACGCUAUAAGUGACACUGAACCAGCUAUUCUUAACUAUGUAGCUGCUCGUUCGAGUCUUGCCGAAUUGGAGAUGUUGGAUGACGCGCGUGCCCAAAUUGCGAGAACUUCGCCAAUCAUGACAGCCAUCCAUGACCUCAUUCCUCAGAUUGAUAGCUCUGUUCUAACUGGUGUUCAACCACGUUUAUGUGAGCAACUGCGUUCAAGCGCAGGUGCUAGUACAAGGACCGCAUGUGCUCAGUUGCUGACAGUACUUGCACUACGAGCACCACAGCUGCUUAUGGACCACCCUGCUCAGUGCGAUAAGUUUUUCAAUGCGCUUAUUGCUGGGACUAGGGAUAGAAAUCCUUCUGUGAGAAAGCAUUUUGCCAGUGCUGUUUCAUACUUGGCAAAAUAUGCCUCAUCAUCUUCUUUUGGUGCUCUAAUGAAAGCUAUAUCGAAGGAUUUGCUAGGAGAUGAUGAGAAUAUGAAGCAAUCUGCGAGGUACGUUCUCAAGAGCUUGUCGGCAAAUUGUCCGGAACUGCUUCAAGGCUACUCCAAGCUCAUCGUGCCCUGCAUUUUCCUGGAGAAAUGUCAGCCUGUCAUUCGUGGAGAUGAAGCUUCAAAGAAGCGCAAUGAUGAGUGGUGUGAGCUGUGGAAUGAACUAGUGCCUAGUACCGAUGCCGCAGUUCGCCUAUACCGUCAAGAGAUUUUGGCCUUUGUCCUGGAUAUCCUCCAGAAUAAUGAUGUGUGGUCGGUAAGAGCACAAGCAGCUAGGAUGCUUACGGAAACGAUGGAGUGCCUCAAAGAUAGAGUUGAAGGCAGAGAUGCAGGUUAGCU